AUGCUCCCGCUUUCCAUCGCCCCGUCCCAUUCUCCUAAUUUCCAUCACCCCGCCCCAUUCUCCCUCCUUCCAUCACCCCGCCCCAUUCUCCCGCUUUCCAUCAGCCCACCCCAUUCUCCCGCUUUCCAUCUCCCCGCCCCAUUCUACCUCCUUCCAUCACCCCGCCCCAUGCUCCCACUUUCCAUCACCCCGCCCCAUUCUCCCGCUUUCCAUCACCCCGCCUCCAUUCUCCCUCCUUCCAUCACACCGCCCCAUUCUCCCGCUUUCCAUCACCACGCCCCAUUCUCCCACUUUCCAUCACCCCGCCCCAUUCUCCCUCCUUCCAUCACCCCGCCCCAUUCUCCCUCCUUCCAUCACCCCGCCCCAUUCUCCCGCUUUCCAUCACCCCGCCCCAUUCUCCCUCCUUCCAUCACCCUGCCCCAUUCUCCCGCUUUCCAUCACAACGCGCUAUUCUCCCUCCUUCCAUCACCCCGCCCCAUUCUCCCGCUUUCCAUCACCCCGCCCCAUUCUCCCGCUUCCCAUAACCCCACCUCAUUCUCCCGCUUUCCAUCACCCCGCCACAUUCUCCCGCUUUCCAUCACCCCGCCCCAUUCUCCUUCCUUCCAUCACCCCGCCCCAUUCUCCCGCUUUCCAUCACCCCGCUCCAUUCUCCCGCUUUCCAUCACGCCGCCCCCUUCUCCCUCCUUCCAUCACCCCGCCCCAUUCUCCCUCCUUCCAUCACCCCGCCCCAUUCUACCGCUUUCCAUCAGCCCGCCCCUUUCUCCCGCUUUCCAUCACCCUGCCCCAUUCUCCCGCUUUCCAUCAACCCGCCCCAUUCUACCGCUUUCCAUCACCCCGCCCCAUUAUCCCGCUUCCCAUCAUCCCGCCCCAUUCCCCCGCUUUCCAUCACCCCUCCCCAUUCUCCCUCCUUCUAUCACCCCGCCCCAUUCUCCCGCUUUCCAUUACCCGCCCCAUUCUCCCGCUUUCCAUCACCUCGCCCCAUCUCCCGCUUUCCAUCACCCUGCCCCAUUCUCCCGCUUUCCAUCACCCCGCGCCAUUCUUCCGCUUUCCAUCACCCCGCCCCCUUCUCCCUCCUUCCAUAACCCCGCCCCAUUCUCCCUCCUUCCAUCACCCCGCCCCAUUCUCCCGCUUUCCAUUACCCGCCCCAUUCUCCCGCUUUCCAUCACCUCGCCCCAUCUCCCGCUUUCCAUCACCCCGCCCUAUUCUUCUGCUUUCCAUCACCCCUCCCCAUUCUCCUGCUUUCCAUCACCCCGCCCCAUUCACCCGCUUUCCAUCACCCGCCCCAUUCUCCCUGCUUUCCAUCACCCCGCCCCAUUCUCCCGCUUUCCAUCACCCCGCUUCAUUCUCCCGCUUUCCAUCACCCCGCCCCAUUCUCCCGCUUCCCAUAACCCCACCCCAUUCUCCCGCUUUCCAUCACCCCGCCACAUUUUCCCACUUUCCAUCACCCCGCCCCCUUCUCUCUCCUUCCAUCACCCCGCCCCAUUCUCCCUCCUUCCAUCACCCCGCCCCAUUCUCCCGCUUUCCAUAAGCCCGCCCCAUUCUCCCGCUUUCCAUCACCCCGCCCCUUUCUCCCGCUUUCCAUCUCCCCGCCCCAUUCUCUCGCCCCAUUCUCUCGCUUACCAUCACCCCGCCCCCUUCUUCCUCCUUCCAUCACCCCGCCCCAUUCUCCCUCCUUCCUUCACCCCGCCCCAUUCUCCCGCUUUCCAUCACCCUGCCCCUUUCUCCCGCUUUCCAUCACCCCGCCCCAUUCUCCCGCUUUUCCAUCACCCCGCCCCAUUCUCCCUCCUUCCAUCACCCCGCCCCAUUCUCCCGCUUUCCAUCACCCCGCCCCAUUCUCCCGCUUUCCAUCACCCCGCCCCCUUCUCCCUCCUUCCAUCACCCCGCCCCAUUCUCCCUCCUUCCAUCACCCCGCCCCAUUCUCCCGCUUUCCAUCACCCCGCCCCAUUCUCCCGCUUUCCAUCACCCCGCCCCUUUCUCCCGCUUUCCAUCUCCGUGCCCCAUUCUCCCGCUUUCCAUCACCCCGCCCCAUUCUCCCGCUUUCCAUCACCCCGCCCCAUUCUCCCGCUUUCCAUCACCCCGCCCCCUUCUCCCUCCUUCCAUCACCCCGCCCCAUUCUCCCUCCUUCCAUCACCCCGCCCCUUUCUCCCGCUUUCCAUCACCCCGCCCCACUCUCCCGCUUCCCAUCAUCCCGCCCCAUUCUCCCGCUUUCUAUCACCCCGCCCCAUUCUCCCUCCUUCCAUCACCCCGCCCCAUUCUCCCGCUUUCCAUCACCCCGCCCCAUUCUCCCGCUUUCCACCACCCCGCCCCCUUCUCCCUCCUUCCAUCACCCCGCCCCAUUCUCCCUCCUUCCAUCACCCCGCCCCAUUCUCCCGCUUUCCAUCAGCCCGCCCCAUUCUCCCGCUUUCCAUCACCCCGCCCCUUUCUCCCGCUUUCCAUCUCCCUGCCCCAUUCUCCCGCUUUCCAUCUCCCCGCCCCAUUCUCCCGCUUCCAUCACCCCGCCCCAUUCUCCCGCUUCCCAUCAUCCCGCCCCAUUCCCCUGCUUUCCAUCACCCCUCCCCAUUCUCCCCUCUUCCAUCACCCCGCCCCAUUCUCCCGCUUUCCAUCACCCCGCCCCAUUCUCUCACUUUCCAUCACCGCGCCCCAUUCUCCCGCUUUCCAUCACCCCGACCCAUUCUCCCGCUUUCCAUCACCCCGCCCCAUUCUCCCUCCUUCCAUCACCCCGCCGCAUUCUCCCGCUUUCCAUCACCUCGCCCCAUUCUCCCUCCUUCCAUCACCCCGCCCCAUUCUCCCGCUUUCCAUCACCUCGCCCCAUUCUCCCUCAUUCCAUCACCCCGCUCCAUUCUCCCGCUUUCCAUCACCCCGCGCCAUUCUCCCGCUUCCCAUAACCCCACCCCAUUCUCCCGCUUUCCAUCACCCCGCCACAUUUUCCCACUUUCCAUCACCCCGCCCCCUUCUCUCUCCUUCCAUCACCCCGCCCCAUUCUCCCUCCUUCCAUCACCCCGCCCCAUUCUCCCGCUUUCCAUCAGCCCGCCCCAUUCUCCAGCUUUCCAUCACCCCGCCCCUUUCUCCCGCUUUCCAUCUCCCCGCCCCAUUCUCCCGCUUUCCAUCAGACCGCCCCAUUCUCCCGCUUUCCAUCACCCCACCCCAUUCUUCCGCUUCCCAUCAUCCCGCCCCAUUCCCCCGCUUUCCAUCACCCCUCCCCAUUCUCCCUCCUUCCAUCACCCCGCCCCUUUCUCCCGCUUUCCAUCUCCCGCCCCAUUCUCCCGCUUUCCAUCACCCGCCCCAUUCUCCCGCUUUCCAUCACCUCGCCCCGUUCUCCCGCUUUCCAUCACCCCGCCCCAUUCUUCUGCUUUCCAUCACCCCGCCCCAUUCUCCCGCUUUCCAUCACCCUGCCCCAUUCACCCGCUUUCCAUCACCCGCCCCAUUCUCCCGCUUUCCAUCAGACCGCCCCAUUCUCCCGCUUUCCAUCACCCCACCCCAUUCUCCCGCUUUUCAUCACCCCGCCCCAUUCUCCCGCUUUCCAACACCCCGGCCCAUUCUCUCGCUUUCCAUCACCCCGCCCCCUUCUUCCUCUUUCCAUCACCCCGCUCCAUUCUCCCUCCUUCCUUCACCCCGCCCCAUUCUCCCGCUUUCCAUCACCCUGCCCCAUUCCUCCGCUUUCCAUCACCCCGCACCAUUCUCCCACUUUCCAUCACCCCGCCCCAUUCUCCCGCUUUCCAUCACCCUGCCCCAUUCUCCCGCUUUCCAUCACCCCGCGCCAUUCUUCCGCUUUCCAUCACCCCGCCCCCUUCUCCCUCCUUCCAUCACCCCGCCCCAUUCUCCCUCCUUCCAUCACCCCGCCCCAUUCUCCCGCUUUCCAUCAGCCCGCCCCAUUCUCCGGCUUUCCAUCACCCCGCCCCUUUCUCCCGCUUUCCAUCUCCCUGCCCCAUUCUCCCGCUUUCCAUCACCCCGCCCCAUUCUCCCGCUUUCCAUCACCCCGCCCCAUUCUCCCGCUUCCCAUCAUCCCGCCCCAUUCCCCCGCUUUCCAUCACCCCUCCCCAUUCUCCCUCCUUCCAUCACCCCGCCCCAUUCUCCCUCUUUCCAUUACACGCCCCAUUCUCCCGCUUUCCAUCACCCCGCCCCAUUCUCCUGCUUUCCAUCACCCAGCCCCAUUCACCUGCUUUCCAUCACCCGCCCCAUUCUCCCGCUUUCCAUCACCCCGCCCCAUUCUCCCACUUUCCAUCACCCCGCCCCAUUCUCCCGCUUUUCAUCACCCCGCCCCAUUCUCCCGCUUUCCAACACCCCGCCCCAUUCUCCCGCUUUCCAUCACCCCGCCCCAUUCUCCCGCUUUCCAUCACCCUGCCCCAUUCUCCCUCCUUCCAUCACCCCGCCUCAUUCUCCCUGCUUCCAUCACCCCGCCCCAUUCUCCCGCUUUCCAUCACCCCGCCCCAUUCUCCCGCUUUCCAUCUCCAGGACCACGCAAGCUCUAAGACCAGGUAA